ACGGACAAAAGCGUCUCUGGACGCUCCAUCAGCGGAUUCUGUUUUGAUAUGUUGUUGUUUAGCUAGCAGACCCAGUGAAACCAUUCUACUCUUUUGUAAUGGAAAAUGUCGAUAAUAAUCGCGCUUGACUGAUCUUUCCCUUGCUGGGAUAGGAGAAUAACUUGUAGUUAGUAACCAUGACAGCAGCUGCUGCUCUGCAGAUUGGAGACCAGCUGAUCCUGGAAGAGGACUACGAUGAGAACUAUAUCCCCUCUCAACAAGAGAUCCAUGAGUACGCACGAGAGAUUGGCAUUGAUCCCAAUCGGGAGCCCGAGCUCCUAUGGCUGGCCAGAGAGGGCAUUGUUGCCCCACUGCCUCCCGAAUGGAAACCCUGUCAAGAUGUGACGGGGGACGUGUACUACUUCAACUUCUCCUCGGGCCAGUCCACCUGGGACCACCCGUGUGACGAGCAAUACCGCAGCCUGGUAAAUCAGGAGCGAGAACGAGCCGGCACCCAGCCUCACGGGCCCCCCACCACCGCCGCUAAAAAGGAGAAGAAAAAUAAAAAAGACAAGAAGGAGAAAAAGAAGAAGGCAAAAGACCAAGAGCUCCUGAAGCCACCAGGACCAUUAAGCUUGACCUUUGGGCCCCUGCAGGCCCCGUUGGGGAGCCUGGGGAGCCUUGCUCCUCUACGGGGUCUUGAUGGCCCGGCCUUGAGGGGGUCCCUGAGCAGCUCUGGAGGGCUGGAGCCCCUGAAGACUCCCCUUGGGGGUCCUCUCUCAAGCCUCGGGUCCAGUCUACUGGGAGGGCGACAGGAGGAGCGUGUGGCUUUCUCUCCGCCUGGGUUCGAGGAUGAAGAGGAUAACAUCUCAGAGGAUGAGCAGRCGAGUCGUCGUGGCUCGACCAGACUGUUACAGAACCUGCACCUGGACUUGGAUGCGUUGGGAGGAGGGCUGCAGUAUGAGGACAGCGAGGCCAGUGGACUGGCCCCACCAGAGGAGAAGACAGAAGCAGAGCUACAGGACCUGGCCCUGUCUGGAGAGCACAGCCCUGAGUCCCCCUCUCAGCAGCAGUCGGAGGCCAGCGAGCACAUGGAGGUGGCAUCCUCCUCCACUGAGGACCUCAAGUCUGGUUUUGGCUCCAAGUUGUCAGAGAAAGUCCUGGCCCUGAAGGAUCUCUCCCCUGCUGUUAGUCCACUCCUGCAGGACAAAGUGGGGAUAGUGAAAGUCAGUGCGGAGGAGGAGAAGGAACGGAGGAAGAGGGCAGAAGCUGCAGAGAGGCAGGGAGGAUCCAGUGAUGGAGGACAGGCCCCCCACCAGCCCAGUGAAUCCCAGCAGACCACAGGGUCCUCCCACUGGAGCCGGAACCCCGGGGGGGGCCGUCCGGUCCGAGGUGCGCGCCGCCACCAGCCGGGGGCCGGGAGCCUGAGGGAGAGGCUCCAGAGUAAGGGGAGGGAAGAGGAGAGCAGGCCGAGUGUGGAGUCUGAAAGCAGGCUACUGGAGCUGAGGGAGAUGGCCCGGAGGGAGAGAGAGAACCAGCAACGCAACAUCAGGGAGGAGGGCGAGGCGAUGCUGAGAGAGCUGCGUGCCACCCUGGAGGCGGAGACAGAGGCGGAGCGAGAGAGGAUAGAGGCCCAGAGGAGGCGGGACCUGGAGCGACUGAGGGAGGAGUCAGAGGAGAAGCUCCAUGCGGAGAAGCGGAGACUGCUUGGGGAGCGGGAGGAGCAACUCAGCUCCCUCAAACAGGAGGGGAMAAGCAGUGCCAGUGAGAGGUGGAGGGAGUUGAAGAGCCCUCGUAGCCCAGAGCAGCAUCUAGCAGAGUACCAAAGAGAGUUGGGAGACGUGCUCCAGGAAGUGAGGGAGGAAGUGCAGCGUGACCACGCCAGGAAGCUGGGGCAGCUCAAAGACGACCACCACAGAGAACUCAGCUCUAUCAGAGAGAGUCAUCUGGAUCAGGAGGCUGUCCAAAAGGAACAGUUGCUGUGUGUCCUGCAGGAGGAGAGGGAUCGCCUGCUGGCCGCACACAGUGCCCAGCUGGAGAGACUCCGUACACAGCUAGACUCCCAGCUCUGCAAGACCCGCCAGACACACACACGCAAGGAGGUAGAGAUUCAGGAGCUGGGGGACAGGCUGGAGRUGAGGGCCAGGGAACUGAAGAGCCAGGAGACAAUACUGAAGACCCAGGGAGCGAAUUUGAAGAAGAGGAGGCAGCAGCUUGGGGAUGAAGAGGAUGAGAUAGACAGAGGAAUUGAGGCUCUGCCUGGAGUCAUGCAGGAGAGAGAUGGACUGAGAGGGGAUCUGGAGCGGGUGGAAGGACAGAGGGACAGGGCGAGCCAGGAGGCGGAGAGAGGGCGGGAGGACAGGACCAAAGCGAGAGAGGAGUUGGAGAGAAUGAGGGAGGAGAGGGACAAAGCGAGAGAGGAGAGCAGGAGGAUGAAGGAGGAGCGGGACUGGCUGGAGAGCAAGGUGGAGCUGCUGCAGGAGCGCUGUGAUCGGCUGGGCCGCAGAGUCAGUGAUCUGGAGCAGAGUGAGAUCAAGAGGCCUUCUACUAGACUGGACAGAACAGAGGAGGAGGAGAGGAAGAAGGAGAAGGAUAGCGAGGCAGCGCCCUCUGCUGGACGGGAGAAAGUGCUGCAUGUGGAACACCUGAAAGAACCUCCUCUCUCCCCCAUCUCCAGAGACAGCGAGAGCAGCUUGGACGACUUGCAUCAGUAUAUCUCCUCUGAGGGCCUGUCCCUGCAGAAGGCCCGGCGCUUCCUGGAGAGGGAGAGUGGUCGUCUGAGUGAGAGACAGGCAGCGCUGCAGGCAGCGCAGGCCCUGUCCAGCUCCUCUCAGUACCCCAACACCACCACGCACGCCCAGGCCACACAGGAGAUGUACAGGAACCUGCAGCAGGAGGCCAGUGACGUGGAGGAGUUGAGGGUGACUGUGCAGAGGGGGAACUCGCUGCUACGCAGGAAAGAGGAGAGGCUGCAACAGCUAGAGAGCUCCGUAGCUGAAGAGGUCUCCCAUCAUCACUACUAUGAUGACCAGGGCAGACUGGCUGCUGAUAGGAAGGUGACCUUUGAUGUGACUGAAUCGGAUAUGAGCAGCGUCAGCAACGGCCAUGAUGGCCCAGGUGGGGAGCCCACAGUGCCAGCUAAGGUGCAGCACUUAGCCGAGUCGCUCCAGCACAUCUCUGGCCAGCUCAACACAGUCCUGGGGGCUCUGGGCUCUCUGACUCAACGCCAGACCCCUUACCAGCCUCUCCCACUACCUCUGUCCCUCUCCCAGCCCCGAACCCCCACCUCAAUGCCUCUUUCACAGCUCUCCAUGCCUCUGUCUGGGCCCUCCUGGGCGUGGGCCCCUCACAGCACCUCCACCCAACCACGGGAUUCUGAGGACCUGCUCAACAGCCGCUGGGCCAAGCUCUUCCCUGGGGCUCCUAUUGAGUCCAUAGCCACCAGUUCCUUGAGGACCAAUGCACUUUAUUCAGGGUACAGUCCUGCAAGUGAGCAGGCUCGUAGUCUGUCCUCCAUGCAGCCUAAGGCAGUGGAGAUGGAUGGCCAGAGGCUUCAGGGUCUGAUCGACGGCAACAAGAGAUGGCUGGAGACACGCAGGAAAGACCCCAGUGUACCUCUGUUCACACGUUAUCGGACCCCCCCAACUAUGAGUGGACUGGUCCAGCUGAGCCUGGAUGACAACAACCAGAUUAAAGUGUACCAUUACUAAAGGGGGGUGGGGAAGGGAGAAGUUACAUACGGAGCAAGGAUCAACACAAGCAGAUAAAGCUGUAUUGUUACUGAAAAAGGGCUAAGGACAGGGGUGCGUUUUUAAAAAUUCACUUUUAAUGCAGGAAUCCCUCUAGCUCUGGUCCAGGGCGUUACUAGAGGAACCGCCCUCGACUGUGUGUGGACCAAAGGAACGCACUAACGCCCUGGACCAGAGCUAGGAUUCCCCAACAACCAAAUUUCCAUAUCAGAUUACUGUAAGAAACAUUUUAGAGACAUCUGACCUCCAGUGAACUUCGUCCUCAGGUUUAGCUGUGAUUGUGUGACAGAAGAGAGGACACUAGGGCUGUUUCAGUGGUCUCUGUAAUUUCAUUCCAUUGGCAUGCAAGGUUGAAUAGCUUGGGAGUAUGGAGACAAUAGCCCCGUAGUCAACAAAUCACUUUGUUUCCCAAUUUCUUUGCCUCUAGCUAUUUAAAUGUUUCUAAAGCAGAAUGCAUAGCUGUUACAUAUUCAAUAGGUGCUUCACUUUAUUGGGAGAGACAUCUCAAGGUUUAUGAGAGCGAUACCGUUGAUAUCUUAAAUUUAUAAGCGACUAAAGAUCAUGGUAUCAGGUUGUAUAAGAGAUGUUGUAAUUCUGCUGUAUGAGAAGUUCAAGCCAUACCAUAAUAACCACUACAAGGGCAGGACAACUUGUGAAGCAUUCAGUCUGUAUGAAAUUCUGGUAAGAGAGACACUCUUUCAGUGUGUUUACUGUGCAGAUAGAUGUGUGGAAUUUUUACAGUAUUUUUAUAAAUAUAAAGUGGUGUAUAUUGUC